UCGGAGGGCAGGCAGGCAGAGUGUAAAAUGGCGCACAGCUGUCGGUGGCGGUUCCCUGCUCGGCCCGGAGGGAGCAGCAACUCGGGCACCGGGAAGAGAGCGGGCCGAAUCCGGGUCACUGCCUCUCUCCGACCGGGCACAGGGACUUACCCUAACACGACCGGCCUCGGACCUGGGUUUGAUGCUGCGUUACAAGUCUCCUCUGCCAUCGGUAGCAACCUGCAGAAAUUUCGGGAUGUUUUGGGAGAGUCGAGCGGCUCCAGCAGUGGAGAGGACGAAGCGUUUGGGGGUUUUGGUACCGUCAGUGAACACAGCAGAGUACAGAGCCCAGUGCAUGCUGCAGAGGGUCCUCCAUGGCAGGAGAAGAAGCCCAGAGGCCGGCCCCCCAGAACGCCGACUGCCCAAAAAGCAGCAUUGGGCCUCGUCCCCCCUUCCUCCUCCCCUUCCUCCUCCUCUUCCUCGCCAGCCAUGGGGCGACCGGAUGGCGCUGAGCAGCCGGGUCAGAAGGUGAAGCGUCUGCCCGGCAGGCCCCCUGGCUCCGGGGAGAAGAAGCGGGGGCGACCGCCCACCGUGGGCACCCAGAGACCCUGGCACCCCGGGGAGGAGGGCAGGCCGGCCGGGCCGGAGCAGGAGGACAACGAGGACAAGGACAGGAAGUGGUCCAAGCGGACGCCGCUGGGCUCGGUCCAGCAGCAGGACCCCGAGGCGAAGGGCGGCGACGCCAAGCUGACCAAGCUGAAGCGCCUCCGCGAGGUGAAGCUCAGCCCGCUCAAGUCCCGCCUCCAGGCCAUCGCCAGGAAGGGCGUGGCCGCGCCGGGCGUGCCGCGACGCCGACGCGGGCGGCCGCCCUCCGCCGAGCGCCUCAAAGCUCAGGCCGCCGCCCAGGCCUCGGGCCUGGAGGGGAACCACAAGGCUGCGAGGGGGAGAGACUCCCACCCUCCCCUGAGCCCGGAGCCCCCCUCGCCAGCCACCUCGCCGCCGGCCUCCCCGUCCCCCUCCAGGCUGGGCCGGCCCCUGGGCCUGCGGCAGAGCCCGCGGCACAUCAAGCCGGCCAGGAUGGUGCCGCCCGCCAAGCGCACAGACGCCACCAUCGCCAAGCAACUGCUGCAGAGGGCCAAGAAGGGGGUGCAGAUGAAGAAGCUGCUGGGGAACGAGGCGGCGGCCAUCGGGGCGCCGGGGGCGGCGGGCGGCGAGGGCGGCAUCCGCCGCAGGAGGCGGACCCAGCUGAAGAACAUCCGGCAGUUCAUCAUGCCGGUGGUGAGCACCGUGUCGCUGCGCAUCAUCAAGACGCCCAAGCGCUUCAUGGAGGACGAGGGCGGCUUCGGGGCUCCGCCCCCCCACGUGAAGGUGCCCAGGUUGGAGGCGCCCCCUUCCGUCGUCGCGGCGGCGGCAACCGCCCCCCCUCCCUCCUCGGCCUCCCCCGUCCAGGCCUCCUCAGCCUCCAACGCCGGGACGCCCACCCCUUCCGACUCCCUCCCUCCCCCGCCGGCCCCCUCCGCCGCUGCCCCCACGCCUGGCGCCCCGCCCCCGGCGGCCGGCAUGCUGGCCAGUGGCGGCGCCACCAACGGCCGGUUCAGCAGCAGCGCGGCGUCCUGCGGCUCCAUGUCCCAGCACUCCUCCCAGCUGUCCUCGGCCGAGUCAUCCCGCUCCAGCAGCCCCAGCCUGGACGACUCGUCGUGCGACUCCCAGGCCUCGGAGGCCACGCAGGCCCCGUCGGAGGCCGAGCACCACCACGGGCGCGGGCGCUCCUCCUCCCCCCAGGCGGAGCUGCACGCCUCGCGGCCCCCCUCGCCUCCCUCGGAGCCGGAGGUUCUGGUGGAGCGGGGCCGGCGAGGUCGGAGAGGCCAGGGGUCGGGGCGGGGCAGCGUCGGGGGGCGGGGCAGGGGCAUCCUGACCAGUGGGAAGAAGAAGGCCAUCAUCAGCCCCGCCACGGGGGUCCUCAUGUCCUCCUCCGCCCUGGCCGCCUCCCAGCAGGCCUCCUCCACCGCCUCCUCUUCCUCGUCCCCCCCGCCCCCCCCGCUCCUCACCCCCCCUCAGCCGCCCCAGUCCGCCGCCGCCAACGCGGGCGGCCCCGUCAGCGAGCACCACUCCCAGUCCCCCUGGAUCCUGCCGCACCCCAUCGCCCCCUUCCUGCAGACCCCGGCCUCGCUGGACAAGCGAGGGGGCAGCAGGUCCAUCCUGAGGGAGCCCACGUUCCGCUGGACCUCCCUGGCUCGCUCCCAGCACCACUACUUCUCCUCCGCCAAGUAUGCCAAGGAGGGCCUGAUCAGGAAGCCCGUCUUCGAUAACUUCCGCCCGCCGCCUCUCACCGCCGAGGACGUGGGCCUGAUGCCUGGCGGGGGCGGGGCCGGGGGCGGGGUCACGCCAGGGGGCUUCCCAGCCCAGGGAGGGGGGUCCGGGUCCGGCUCCGGCUCCGGCUCGCGCCUCUUCUCCCCCCUCCACCACCACCAUCACCAGCCCCCAUCCUCAAGGUUCGAGCCGCCCCCUCUCCAGAAGCGCAGUCUGCUGCGAGCCCCGCGCUUCACCCCCAGCGAGGCCCACUCCCGGAUCUUCGAGUCCGUCACCCUGCACUCUUCUUCGGGCAGCAGCCCCGGGUCGCUGUCCCCCCUCCAGACCUCCAGCUCGUUACGGUCAAUCAGACGCAAGAAGAGGCGGGCCCUGGGAACUUUGCGCAGCCAGCCACGGUCCCCGUCGCACUCCAUGACCCGGCGAAGCAGCCAAUCAGGGGGCCAGGCGUCCGGGCGGGGGGCGUCGGAUCUGCCGGGGAUGGGGGGCUCUGUGUCCGGCUCUCUGCCCGUGGCGGGGGGCGGGGUGGGGGCGCCCCCCAACCCUCUAGUCACUAGUGCCUUAACUCCUGCCUCCUUCAGCACCUUCUCCAGCCCCGGGGCCCUGGGCCUGCCCUCGCACGCCUCCUCCGACAGCAGGAGGGCGGCUGCCGGCAUGGCUUCUUCCUCCUCCCAGCUCUUCCCUCUGUUUGCUUCCAGCUCACAGGAGCCAGGCCGGGGGGGCGGGGGGAGGGCCGAGGGGGGCAGGAGCGCCACGGCCCCCAAGGAGAAGGACAGGGACAUGGAGAAAAGCAGGGAGCGAGAGAAGGAAAACAAGAGGGAGGGGAGGAAGGAGUGGGAGAAGAGGGGAGGGAAGGUCUCCACGCCCGACGCCUCGCCUAGCCCCGCCUCCAGCCUGUUCUCCGCCGAGGGAAGGGAGACGGACGACUGCAUUUCAUCCCUCGCUCCAAAAAAGACUCCCGGCCGAAAGAAGCCGGCAUCCGUGGACUCUUCCUCCACCGAAACUCCGCCCACCGACAAGGGGGCGCUCCAGACCCCUCCCCCCUCCCUGUCCAAGGGUCGUCUGACCAAGAAGGGGCGGCCCUCAGAGAGGGGGGCAGACCCAGAGUUGGAGGACCAGGAGAGGGAGAAACCAAGUGCCCCAACCCAGCCAGCGGGUGGCGUCCCUGGGCAGGCGCAGGGCAGACAGGCCCCCGCCCCGUCUCUUUGCUCCAUGCUGGCCCAUGCAGACAAGCAGCCGGUGGCUGACAAGAGUGUGGCACGCGUGCUGAGGAAGGCUAAGGACCAACUGUUCAGUAUCGAGAAGAUCAAGUCCCUCAAACCCCCCGACCAGCCUAAAGCCCAGGGUCAGGAGAGCGAUUCGUCCGAGGCGUCCGUCCGCGGCCCUCGCAUCAAACAUGUGUGCCGGCGUGCGGCCGUGGCGCUGGGGCGGAACCGGGCCGUGUUCCCUGACGACAUGCCCACCCUCAGUGCCUUGCCCUGGGAGGAGAGGGAGAAGAUCCUGUCUUCCAUGGGGAACGACGACAAAUCAUCAGUGGCGGGUUCAGAGGAGGCGGAGCCACAGUCCCCGCCCAUCAAGCCGGUGACCCGCAACAAGUCUCUGCAGGAGGCCCCGCCCAGGAAGGGGCGUCGGUCUCGUCGCUGCGGCCAGUGCCCCGGCUGCCAGGUGCCUGAGGACUGUGGUGUGUGCACCAACUGUCUGGACAAGCCAAAGUUUGGGGGACGCAAUAUCAAGAAGCAGUGUUGCAAGGUGAGGAAGUGUCAGAACCUCCAGUGGAUGCCUUCCAAGAUGAUCCUCCAGAAGCAGGGCAAAGGCAAGAAAGACAAGAAGAAGAAGCUCACCGAUAAGAAGGAGGGGCUUGUGAAAGGGCCAAUAACAGAGUCCGGUCUCAAGACGGCCACGCCCAUUCUGAAGGAAGAGCCUCCACGCAGGAAGAGUGAGACUCCUCCCCCGAAGGCAGGCGAGGAGAAGCAGUCGUCUCCACCCUCCACCCCGAGCGAGCCCCCUCAGCCCCCCAGCUCAACCCCCACCCCUGCCCAGACACCAGGCUCUACCCUAGAGGCAAAACAAGCGCCACCCCCAACCAACCAGAGCACUAAGAAAGGACCGAAGUCACAGCAGCCCACCCCUCCCUCCUCUUCCUCCUCUUCCUCCUCCUCUUCUUCCUCCUCUUCCUCCUCUUCCUCCUCCUCUUCUCCGUCCCAGAGCUCCCCGUCUCCUCCUGCCCAAUCCCAGCUGCCCUCCCAGCAGCAGCAACGCCCUUCACCCAAUCAGGCGCCGCCAAAAAAGGAUGCCCUGCCCAAGGUCCCGCCCUCAGAGCCUAAGAGGAAGCCCCAGCCACAACCCGGUCUGGCCACACCCCCACCAGACACAGCGUACGAGUCGAAUCCGCAGCACCUGAAGAAGUCGUCGGGGCGCUCCCUCCCCUCUCCCCCUCUGAAGCCCAGGCAGAAGGAGCGGGAGAGGGAGAAGGAGAAGGCCCCCGCCCCCAGAGCCCUGAGCAGCAGCCGGGCUUUAAACUGGCAGAGCACUCCCUCGGGGGGGCGGCCCUGGCCCCGGGCGCCCUGGGACGGAGUGCACCGCAUCCGACUGGACUUCCAGCGCCGGGCCGCUGAGCCGGACAGGGUGUGGCAGGCCGGCGGGCUCAGCCUCCUCACCUCCACGCCCAUCACGCCUCGCGUCAUCUGCUUCCUGUGCGCCAGCAGUGGCAACGUCGAGUUUGUCUUCUGCCAGGUGUGCUGUGAGCCCUUCCAUCUGUUCUGCCUGGCCGAGGCAGAGCGCCCCCUGGAGGAGCAGAGGGAGAACUGGUGCUGCCGGCUGUGCCGCUUCUGCCAGACUUGCGGAAGGCAGCACCAGAAGACCAAACAGCCUCUGCUGGAGUGUGAUAAGUGCCGUAACAGCUACCACCCCGAGUGCCUGGCCCCCAACCACCCCACCGCCCCCACCAAGAAGAAGAGAGUCUGGGUGUGCACCAAGUGUGUUCGCUGUAAGAGUUGUGGAGCCACCAAGCCCGGGAAGGCGUGGGACGCCCAGUGGUCACAUGACUUCUCGCUUUGUCACGACUGUGCCAAACUCUUUGCUAAAGGUAAUUUCUGCCCGCUGUGUAACAAGUGCUAUGACGAUGACGACUUUGACAGCAAGAUGAUGCAGUGUGGCCGCUGUGACCACUGGGUGCACUCCAAGUGUGAGGGCCUGACAGAUGAGAUGUACGAGUUAAUGUCCAAGCUGCCAGAGAGCGUGGCCUACACCUGCACCCACUGUACGGAGUGCCCCCCGGCCGAGUGGAGGACUGCCCUGGAGAGGGAGCAGCAGGCUGGGAUCCGACAGGUCCUCACGGCCCUGCUCAACUCCCGCACCUCCACACACCUGCUGCGCUACCGCCAGGCGGUGAUGAAGCCCCCAGAGCUGAACCCAGAGACGGAGGAGAGGCUCCCCUCCCGGAGGUCCCCCGAGGGCCCCGACCCCCCCGUCCUGACCGAGGUGGGGCCCCCCAGCGACUCCCCCCCAGACCUGGAGUCCGUGGAGAAGAAGAUGGACCGAGGGCUCUACAAGUCUGUGCUGGAGUUCAGUGAUGACAUUGUGAAGAUCAUCCAGGCAGCCAUGAACAGUGAUGGAGGCCAGCCAGAGAACCGCAAGGCCAACAGCAUGGUCAAGAGCUUCUUCACACGGCAAAUGGAGAGGGUCUUCCCUUGGUUUAAGGUGAAGGAGUCCAGCUACUGGGAAAGUCACCAAGUCUCCCCCAACAGUGGACUCCUCCCCCACGCUGUCCUGCCCCCCUCCCUGGACCACAACUACGCCCAGUGGCAGGAGCGUGAGGAGCAGUCCCGGGCCGAGCAGCCCCCCCUCAUGAAGAAGAUCAUCCCGGCUCCCCGGCCCAAGACCCCUGGGGAGCCCGACUCCCCCACCUUCCCCGCGCCGCCUCCCCAUCUGCCUCCGCCUCCCCCCCUGCUGCAUGACCUGGGUCGUGAGGACAGUCCUGACGUCCUCCCUCCACCAGGGGUCAGUGACAACCGUCAGUGUGUUCUGUGUCUGAAGUACGGGGACGAGAACACCAACGAGGGCGGCCGGCUCCUGUACAUGGGUCAGAAUGAGUGGACCCAUGUGAACUGUGCUCUGUGGUCGGCCGAGGUGUUUGAGGAUGACGACGGCUCUCUGAAGAACGUCCACAUGGCCGUGCACCGAGGGAGGCAGCUGCGCUGUGAGAGCUGCCAGAGGCCUGGGGCCACUGUGGGCUGCUGUCUGACCUCCUGCUCCAGCUCCUACCACUUCAUGUGCGCCCGGCAGAAACACUGUGUCUUCCUGGAGGACAAGAAGGUCUACUGCCAACGCCACAGGGACCUCAGCAAGGGGGAGGUGGUGUCUGAGGCUGGGUUUGAGGUGACCCGGCGGGUUCUGGUGGACCUGGAGGGGAUCAGCCUCAAGAAGAAGUUCCUCACAGGCCUGGAGCCCGAGAAUGUGCACAUGAUGAUAGGCUCUUUGACCAUCGACUGUCUGGGAAUACUGACUGAGCUGUCGGACUGUGAGCGCAAGCUCUUCCCCAUAGGAUACCAGUGUUCCAGGGUGUACUGGAGUACCCUAGAUGCCCGCAAGCGUUGUGUGUACACCUGCAGGAUCCUGGUGUGUCGCCCCCCAGUGGUGGACUCUGAGAUGUCGGCUCCAGAAGAGAACCGCACCAUCGCACACAGCCCUCUCUCAGAUAAAGAGCUGUCUCCGUGGUCGGACCCCUUCGACUCCCCCAAGCACUCUGACGCCCUGUCCCCCCCCACUACCCCUAAACUGAGGGUGUACUCCCGCAACAGGCACCCCAGCUACCCCCCCUGUCAGCGAUCACCAGGGUCCAGACCUCUGCCCUCUCCAGACGGCUCGUCCCAGGCGGUCCAUGAGAUCGUCACGGUGGGAGAUCCCCUGCUGAGCUCCAGCCUGAAAAGCAUCGGGUCCCGGCGCCACAGCACCCCUUCGCUGUCCCCGCCGCCGCCGCCCCCCCACACCGCCAGGCUCAAAGGUCCGGCCUCCACCCCGCCAGGCCACACGCGGCCCCUCCCCUCCCAGAUGCGCGCCCUCUCCUCCCCCCCACCGUCUCUCUCGCGCCCCUUCUCCUCCCCGCCGCCCGCACACGCCCGGACGCUGUCCUCCCCCUCCGCGUCCCACAUGAGAACGCUCUCCUCCCCCCCUCCGCUCAUCCCCUCCCCUAUGAGGGAUCCGGAGAGGGCCCGGGGGACCAGCAGAGACCCGGCGCACAGGGAGGCAGAGAGGAUCCGGCAGCCCAGGGGAGAGCACAGCCUGAGGGAGGCAGAGAGGAGCAGGCUACCUAGCAGAGACCCAGGGAUGAGGGGGGCAGAGAGAAGCCGGGGGCCUGGCAGAGAGCAGAGUCUCAGGGAGGCCGAGCGGCCCAAAGGUUCCAGAGAGCCAGCCCAGAGGGACUCUGAGAAGAGCAGGCAGCCCAGCAGAGACUUGGGUUUGAAGGACACGGAGAAAGCCCGGCCAGCCAGAGAUCCAGCCCUUAAGGAGCCAGAGAAAGGGAGGCUGUUGAGUAGAGACCCCAGUCAGAAAGACACAGACAAGGGUAGGCCUUCCAACAGAGACCCAGGCUUGAAGGAGUCAGAGAAGGGUAGGCCGCCCAGCAAAACCCAAGGUCUCAAGGAAACAGAGAGGGGCAGACAGCCCAGCAAAGACCUAGGGAGAGAGUUUGACAAGAGCAGGCCAUCAAGCCAGGCCCAGAGGGACACAGAGAAGGGCAGAGCACCAGGCGGAGACCCAAGCUCCAGGGAUUUGGAGAGGGAUAAAUCAUUAAGCAAAGACCCUGGUCCUAGAGAGGCAGAGAGAGGCAGAGCACCUCGAGAACAGAGCCUGAAAGACACAGAGAGGACCAGGCCCUCCAGCAGAGAGCCAGGCCAGAGGGAGGGAGAGAAGGCUAGGCCGUCUAACCGGGACACAGAGAGAGACAAGCUGUCUAACAAAGACCCAGGCUCAAAGGAUUCCGACAGGGGCAGGCCACACAGCAAAGAUCCAGGCCUGAGAGACAUGGAGAAGAGCAGACAGGCUAGUCGAGAGCCAAGCUUGGCCGAGAGGUCUAGACCGGGCGGUGGAAGUAAGAGCCAGAGCCGGGAGGCCAGCUCUGCGAGUCCUGGAGCCCAGCACAGACCCUCCCACGGCCAGGCUGAGAGGAAGGCCGAGGCUGGGGGGAAGGAGGGCAUCUCCAGGCAGGCUGCUGGAGAAGGGAAGACCCCCAGGCUGGGCACUGGAGGCCCGGGGUUGGCGAGUGUAGGCCAGGCUUCGCCAAUGCUGGGCACAGCCAUACUGACCAGCCACCAGAAGGGGGGAAGUGCCAGGACAGAGAAGAGCAAGCAGGCGGGGAAAGACACUGAACAGUCAGGUGGUUUGAUGGGGCUGUCUCGCCAGCGCCCCCUCUCCACUUCCACACCCUUGCCCAAGGACGGCACCCCCGCCCCCCUGCCCAAAGACCGGUCAAACCCAGGAAAGGAUGGGGCCCCGGUCACUAAGGAUUCCGGGAAGCCCGUCUCCCCCCAGCGCACCUACGAGCGGGUCGGAGGGAAGAAGACCCUGGAGUAUCCGUCCGGGCCCCCGCCCGCCGCCGCGCUCAAACCACUGUGGUCCUCCAGUACCGUGUCUGAGGAUGACAUCAGCAGACGAGGCUCCUCGCAGGCAGCGCCGAUAACUGUCCCCGCCGCCGGUCACAUGACCACCUCGGGCGCCAAAGACAAGCCGACCCGAGGCAGGACGGGUGGGAGCAGGGAGGUCUCCAAGGAGAGGGGGGAGAAGCCCCCCCACAACAGCAACAAGACUCUUCUGCUCAACAACAGCACCAAGGCCACCAUGGCCCCCAUGGCCCAGACCCCCCCCCAGAUCAGCAGCAACAGCAAAGCCCUCCCGGUCACCAACAGCUCCAAGGCGUCUGGGAAGGUGGAGGUGGAGAGGCAUGAGAAGGAGGCUGCAGACAGCCGCUCCUCCAGGAACAGGGAGAGGCUGUCCAGCCCGGAGAGGAGACCCAGCCCCAGCCUGGAGCUCUCCUCCAGGGACAAGAAGAGAGCCGUCAAGGCCUCUCAGCCCCAGCUAAAGACGGACCCCAACGGGACCAACACUACCAGCACCACGUCCUCUGACUCCUCCACCACCUCCCUCACCACCACCUCCCCGGCCGGACAGGGUACCGCCAGGCCCCGUGCCUCCUCCCGCCCGCCCCUGUUCUCCUCCGCCAGCAGCUCAGAGAGCUCCGAGUCCGAGAGCCAACCCCACACCGAGCACCCCCCGGCCCGCCCCCAGCGCCGCCUCCUAUCCCGCGGCGCGGAGGACGACCGGGAAGGACCCGAGGCGGACCGGCAUGACGACCACGCCCUGGAGGAUGACGGGAGCCUGGACAAGCACCAGGAGGAUGACAGCGACGGAUCGGGCUCGGCCAAGCGCCGCUACCCGCGCCGGAGCGCCCGCGCUCGCUCCAACAUGUUCUACGGGCUCACGCCCUUCUAUGGCGUGCGUUCUUACGGCGAGGAGGACCUCCCGUUCUAUGCCAGCGGGGAGGGGCUAGGCCCCGGAGCCGGGGCGGGGGCAGGGAAGAAGAGGAGCGGAGGAGGCAGGAGGUCGGCAGAGGGACAGGUGGACGGGGCCGACGACAUGAGCACCUCCUCCUCCUCAGGGGACAGCGCAGAGGAGGAGGAAGGCAGCCUGAACCCCAAGGAUCCCUACUACUACAACUUCACCAGGACCAUCGUCACCCCUGGGGGGGGCUUGCCCUCCAUCGAGGGCAUCGACCAGUGUCUGGGGAGGGGCUCCCAGCUGCAGCGCUUCCUGAAGGACGAGGAGGAGGAGGCAGUGAGCCGGGGAGCGUCGGAGGAGGGCCUAGCCCACAUGAGCUUGAGCCAGCAGCGGAUUGGCCAGCUAGACGGUGUGGACGAUGGCUCCGAGAGUGACGCCAGCGUGAGCACCAACCCCACCCCGACUACCGCCACCGCCGCCGCUCACCGGCCCACGGGUAAGAGGAGGGGCCGGGAUCGCCAUGCCGACAAGCGAGAGCAGGAGGCAGGGAAGGAGGCAGAGACCACCAGCCGCGGAGCAGCAGGGGGAGGAAGCAGUAACAGCCGGGACAGCAGGAAGAGCCAGAAGGACAACUGCCUCCCGCUAGGAGCCGUCAAAGGUCAGGGGUCACAGGGUCAGGACCCCCUGGAGGCCCAGCUCUCCCUCAGCACCGACCUGCUCAAGUCUGACUCGGACAACAACAACAGUGACGACUGUGGCAACAUCCUGCCCUCUGACAUCAUGGAGUUUGUCCUCAACACUCCCUCCAUGCAGGCCAUGGGGCAGCAGGCCGAGCCCUCUUCCUCAGACAUCCUGUUUGAGGACUUCCCCCAGCCGCUGGCGGGGGCGGAGCCUGUGGAAGGGGGCGUGGCGGGGGUGGAGGAACCGUACGGACUUCCUCUGGAGUUGCCUUCGGACCUGUCGGUUCUGACGACCCGCAGCCCCACUGUGAGCAGCAGCCAGAACCACUCAGCCCUGCUCUCGGACGGACCCGACCGCUCCAUGCUCGCACUUUCCUCCAAUUCCGAAGGACUGCCGGGGGAGAAGGGCGGGGACAAGAAGAGGGGCGGUGCCGGGGUGUCUCCUGACAGCCUUUCAGAUACGGGGAGCAGAGAGUCCCAGGUGACCGAAGGUCACAUGACACCCGAGCAUUUCAUCCCAAGCCCUGCCAUUGGUCAGGUGGUGGAUGGGGGCAGUAACCAGGAUGUGACCAGGAGCUCUGGUACCCCAGGCCUACCCAGCUCUCCCUCCCUGCCCCUCCAGGGCCAGAAGUAUCUUCCAGCCACCGCCAGCCCUGGGCCUUGCCCAAACCCUGGCCCCUCCCAGGCCCCCAGCCCUGUAAUCCACACCUCCUCCCCUCACCUCAAGCCUGGCCCAGAGAAGCUCAUCGUGGUCAAUCAGCACCUCCAGCCUCUCUAUGUACUACAGACCCUGGCCAACGGGGUCACUCAGAAGAUCCAGAUCGCCCCGUCCGUCAGUGCCACAGGGGUGAUAGACACCAGCUCCUCGGUGCUCAGCUCUAUGACCUUGACCACUGGCCUCAGCUCUUCCGGACUCACCACCUCCCAGUCGCUCUUCCCCGCCAGGGGCAAGGUCCUGGGUGCCAUGCCCCACCACUCCCACAUCCACACCUUCACCGGCACCACCCAGACUGGCUUCCAGACCGGCAUCCCCAGCACCACCUCUGGCCUGCUCAUCGGGGUGCCCUCCCAGGCCCAUGACCCCCACAUCCUGGUCACCGAGGCGGGCCGCCCCCCGGAAAUCCGCCCCAAUGUGGCCAUCGUUUCCAGCCCGUCCUCCAUUGCCCCUUCCCCGGCAAUCCUCGCAUCCGCACAUGGCAAGAAGCGUCCCAUCUCCCGCCUCCAGCCGCGAAAGACCAAGAAGCUAGCCCGCAGCCGCAGCCAGCCCACACUGGCGCCCUCGGAGGUGGGCCACUCCAACAUGACCCUGAUCAACUUGUCUUCCCCCCAAAUCACCGCUGGCAUCCCUGCCCAGCAAGGAAGCCUGCUGGAGCUGGGCACCCUCACCCCUGCCAACCCUUCGCCCCAUCGCAAGGUGCCCAACAUCAUCAAGAGGCCCAAGACAGGGGGGGUGAUGUACUUUGGGGGAGCCCAGGGGGGUAUACUAGGUCCCGACCCCUCUACCCACCUAUUGCCAUGCACCGUGGCCAGUCUCAACCCCAACCAGUCUGUGUUGAAUGUGGUUUCCAUGCCUUCCAGCGCCGCCCCGCGUCUCCUGGGCCCCGGCUCAGUCUCCCUUUCCACCCCCAUCCUCAGCUCCUCUGACAUCACCGGGCCAAUCAGCAACCUGCUUUUCAAGGCCGGCCCCCACGGGCUGGGCCUAUCGGAUCAGCCCAUGGUACUGCAGUCAGGGGGAGGGGCUAUGAUGUCACAGCUGGGCAGCGGGGUCCAAACGAGCAUCGCCUGCGUCCUGCCCUCCCACCAGACCUUCAGUAUGGCCGUGACCCACCAGGGGGAGGCAGAGAGCAGUAUCACCCAUGCCCAGCACCUGGACCCUGGUCCUCCCGCUCAGGGUCCUAUCCCUCUGGCUCCGGCCCCCAGCCCUGCUUCCAUGGACCCAGCCAAGGGCCGAGUGUUGGGUGUGUUCACCCAGCAGACUCCUCCCUCACAGAGCUCCCGCACCACCCCCAUCUCCAGGGCCUCAGAGAGCAGGCUGGAGCUGAGGACCCCCUCACGGACCCCCUCCACAGGGGGCCCCAUGGCUGGGAAGUCCAAGCAGAAGGCCAAGAGAAGCAGGCAGAGCCCGGAGAAGACUAGCGGGAAGAAGCUGAAGAGCUGGCAGGCCGACGCUUCCAAGGAGAGCCUGAGAGACGCCAUCACUGGAUCCAGAGAUCCUAUCUCUCCAGAGCCAAUGGAAACUGGCAGACCAUCUGACAGAGGCACCAACAAGAGCGUGUACGGAGCUAGGAGAGCCCAAGCUCCAGCUGCCCUGACUGGGCGAGCGACGGGCGAGAGAGGCAGAACCUCCGGGUCGGCAGGCCUGCAGACCCAGGGUGGAGCCGGGGGUCCGGGGUCUCUCCUGGUGGCCUCCCCCCCAGACCAGAGGGGAGGGGGCAGAGACUCCCCCAUGGAGGCCAAGCCCAAGAAGGGCCUCAUCUUUGAGAUCUGCAGCGACGAUGGUUUCCACAUCCGCUGUGAGAGCAUCGAAGAGGCCUGGAAGUCCCUGACUGACAAGGUCCAGGAAGCUCGCACCAACGCCAGGCUGAAAGAGCUCUCCUUCGAGGGUGUGAAUGGGCUGAGGAUGCUGGGCGUGGUCCAUGACGCUGUAGUCUUCCUGCUGGAGCAACUGCACGGCUCCAGGCACUGCAGGAACUACCGCUUCCGCUUCCACAAGCCUGAAGAGCCCCACCCGCUUCCUCUAAACCCCCACGGGUCAGCUCGCGCUGAGCUUCACCACCGGAGGUCUGUAUUUGACAUGUUUAACUUCCUGGCAUCCAAACACCGCCAGCCCCCAGAGUACAACCCCCUAGAGGACGCAGAGGAGGAGGGGGCGAUGAAAGCUGCCCGGAGAACCUCCAGUGUGGACCUGCCUCUGGCUCAGAGGUUCAGGCAGCUGAAGACCUCCUCCAGGCAGACCGUGGGCGUCUACAGGUCUCCUAUCCAUGGAAGGGGCCUCUUCUGUAAGAAGACCAUCGAGGCAGGAGAGAUGGUGAUCGAGUACUCAGGCAACGUGAUCCGCUCUGUCCUCACAGACAAGAGAGAGAAGCUCUAUGACAGCAAGGGGAUUGGCUGCUACAUGUUCCGCAUUGACGACUACGAGGUGGUGGACGCCACGGUGCAUGGCAACGCCGCCCGCUUCAUCAACCACUCCUGCGAGCCUAACUGCCACUCGCGUGUCCUCAGCGUGGACGGCCAGAAGCACAUCGUCAUCUUCUCCAGCCGCCGCGUCUACCGGGGGGAGGAGCUCACCUACGACUACAAGUUCCCCACCGAGGAACCGGCCAAUAAGUUGCCCUGCAACUGCCGCACCAAGAAGUGCCGCAAGUUCCUCAACUAGACGCCACCGCCCUCCCGUCCCACCGGGAGUCGGAACUUUUCAGACGUUAACCGGACGUUCUCCAUAGAUUCUCCUGCUUCCAACGUGGAGCCGUGGUCCCUGUGUCUUCAUACGGGAGGUUCUAUAGGGGGACAGUGGGUGUGUCUGUAGCGGGGGUCAGUGACGCUGUGGUGAGGGUGAGGGUCUCCUGGACGGAGGCUGGGCACACUGAUGGGAAGGACCCAGACCAGGUACUGGCCCAGAUGGCACUCGUCUGGGCCCAGUCCAGGUUCUGUUCCAGACCAGUGCUCACCUAGUGUCUGUUCUGGUCCAGACCAGGGAUGACACCAUCCAGGUUCUGGUCCAGACUAGGGAUGACCCCGUCCAGCUUCGGACCCCAGCCCUCAGCCUCUCCAAGCCUCUAAUCUGAGCGGGGCCCCUCUGUGGAAGAACAACAGAUUAUCGUGCCUCCUUCGUUGUUUCUGUUUACUUUGGAUGGAGGAUUUAGGACCGGAGAGACGGGGGGAGGAAGAAAGAAGGAUAGAAGCAAAGAGCCUUUACAGAGUUUGUAGUUUUGAAACCGUUUGAAUCCUUUGAAUAACGAGAAAGAAAUAUGCCCUUUUCAUGAGGAGAUAAAGCAUUGCCUCACCCUCCAUAUUUUUCUAGAGGAGAGAUCUUUCCUUGAGUCCUAUCUGUGAUGCUCAGGGAGGGUCUGGAUGUAGAGCGCAUAGAAGACAAAAAUUGCCACAUUGUUAAGAGUUCAGUUUAUACACCAAAGUGCAAUUUUGAGGAAGGGACUUUUACCAGUCAAUGAAAGAACAGAGAGGAGCAAGCGAAGUGCUGCUGGCCUCGUCUGGUCGUACCUGCCCCUCCGUUGCUGUCCCCAUGUGAAAAUCCUUCAGGCCUUCAGAAUAGCCAUGCCAAUACCCCACCCCAACCCCUCUCUCCCUCUCUCUCUCCUGGGCUGUGUGUUGUAGACACUGUACAUAGUUGCCCAUGCUUGUCCACAGCAUCCUGGUGGAGCUGCAUAGCCUGUAAUCAACACCAGAGGGCGCUGUGGGGAGCCAGACGACAGGGCCACGGAGACCUCUGUCUGUCUGUCUGCAGGAUGUUUUUAAACUGUAGUUGUGUUGCUCUUACUAGACGAUAGCCACGAGUGUACUUAUGCUAGAGCCCUAGACGUAAACUUUAGACGUAGAAUCCGAUUUUAGGGAAAUAGAAGGGUGGGUCAUUGGAUCACAUCCCCGGUUCUGACUGAACUAGGUGGAGGUUCUGGUGGACUGACCGACGAGGGACUAGAACUUGCGUAGUUCUGUUUUUAUGGUUACUUUUGCUUUAGUGAAACAUUGUCUAUGUAUUUUAUUUUUGCAUAGGAAAACGUGACCAAGGCCAGAGCCAUUGAUUGGUCCAGCACUGUACCAGUGGGGUAAAGGAGGAGAGUGAUAUCGGAGUGUCUUUGGAAAUCAGAUUUGGAACAAUGUCUUGAAUUUACAGCAUUGAGUACCAAACGUCAGUUUAAAAAACCUUCAUAUGAAGAGUAUCUCCAUCUGUUGGAGAAGAAAACCAGCUCAUGGCCUAUAUUAAUAAUAACCGUUGACUAUGGAAUAAUAUUUUUUUUUUUAUAUGUAUGAAAAUUAGUCUUUUGAAGUCUUGUCUGUUAUCUGUCUGGUUUGUUAUGGACAGGGAAAUAUCAUGCUUGCUUUUGAAAUGUAAAUAAUAUGUAUAUUUUUCUAUACGAAAAGACUAAAAAGCACUCACUAGUGAAUAGCACUUAAUGACGAUGGUAUUUAUAUUUUUAAGAAAAUCGUAUUUAUUUUAUUGCCAUUUUUGUAGGAACUAGAGCGGUUUACAAACACUAAUGCUUGGGCUCAACAUUUUUUUUUUAUUCAGCUGCCUUUUCAACAUGUGUGUUCUUUUUGUUGUCGUUGCUUGUCGUUUUUUUUCUUUGUAGCCUGAAUGUUUCUUUGAUUCCAAAGACUGAUGAUGUGGCUUCGUCCCAUUCGCUGAGAGCAGUCCACCAGUAGCUCGAUCCACCAAUAGGAAUCAUUCGUUCAGUCACGGCGGCAUCCAAUGGCAUCCUAGCAUUGUGACGUUCUUAUGCACUUGAGGGAGUCCAGAGUGCUGCUCUAUGAGAAUAGCUGACACCUCGUCCCUUCCGCCUUAUUGAUGAUGAUGAUGAUGAUCUUCAUCCAACCACACAGUCCCAAGCCCAGCCAGAUCUAGCCAGUCACAACCCUGACACAGUCUUACUUGGUCAGCUUUAACUCAACCCCUCACCAUCUACCCAAUCUCUAGCUGUAAAGAUAUGCAACUUACUAGUCUCCUAUUCACCUCCGUACAGGGACCAUGUCCCUCACAAGUCCUUGCUUUCCUCCAGUUAGACCCGACAACCUCCCUAGUUCUGUCCCAGCAGCCUCGAUCUGGCUUUUGCCGGUCCAUCCAUUCAGGGAUCCAGUUCUGGUCCAGCUCCCUCCCCGUCCCCCACCCCUGACGGACCACCCGCAGGUGGGAUCCAGUUCUGGUCCAGCUCCCUCCCCGUCCCCCACCCCUGACGGACCACCCGCAGGUGGGAUCCAGUUCUGGUCCAGCUCCCUCCCCGUCCCCCACCCCUGACGGACCACCCACAGGUGGGGUCCUGUUCUGGUCCAGCUCCCUCCCCGUCCCCCACCCCUGACGGACCACCCACAGGUGGGGUCCAGUUCUGGUCCAGCUCCCUCCCCGUCCCCCACCCCUGACGGACCACCCACAGGUGGGGUCCUGUUCUGGUCCAGCUCCCUCCCCGUCCCCCACCCCUGACGGACCACCCACAGGUGGGGUCCUGAGUCCUGCUGGGUGCUGCUGCUAAGGCCCGCCAUGAAUGUACACGCCUAGACCAACCUAAUUCUUCAUGGUGACGGUUAUCAUUACGUUUGUUCGAACCGUGAUCAGAAUGGUGAAAAGGACAGGGAGGGUGACCUCACAAGCCCCACCGGGGGAAAGGGACAGUGGAGUUCUCUGGCUAGCCUAGCUAAGCUAGUGUCGGGACAGGCAGGUCACACACACAGAGAACUUACAAACUCUCUAUCACACUUGCGUUGGUUAGCUAGCGAGCUAGCUGCUGCCAUCUGAAGGGCUCCGUCUACGACUCUCUACUCUCCAGAUUUAACGCAGUCCUGUGUUUGAUACCGGGUGACAAACAACAACAACACAUUCUUUCACCAUCAUGUUUUAGAUCCAGUUCCUGUAGUAGACUCUGUUGUUAUCUGGUUGUCAUAGCAACAUACCACCUCUGUGGUUCUUCAUCUGUAAUUAACCUAUAUUAAGAUUACAAUAUAUACACAUACAUAGUAGUUAACUUGUACUUCUGUAUCUAUACAAUAUACAGAAUGGACAUACAAAUUUAGUAACAGUAGCCAACAACAGAUCUUUUAACAGUUGAUAGCAAUGUUUCAGUGUACUCUAUAAUGGUUUUGUGUUACAGUAUCAACUUAGAUAAUAGCUAAUGUACAACAUUUUGUAUAUUAAUAUCCAGUACCAGUUUUCCUGUGCCUGUGAACGUUCCCUUGACGUUGAGGGAACAUUGCAGAUGUUUAAUUUUGGAAAAGGAACGGUAUUUAUGUCAUGAGAAAUGUAAAUGUGUAACGUGGUUGUGAACUUCUUGAGGUCAGCCAUCUUGGAUUUUUUGUGUUUGAUUGUUGUAGUGAAUAUUUCCGUUUUUAUUUCUUCUUUUUUUUCUUUCUUUUUUUUUUGUGCAUUUUUAACAGGGAUUAUUUUUGACUGCUUACUUGAUGUGGUAGAGAAUCCAGUCUGGAGGUUUGUGGAGACCAGACGGGAGAAAGAGAUCUCCACCAAAACCAUGUUUCGCUCUCUCUCUCUCUCUCCUCCAACUUGUCAACUUGUUGGGCAUUGCACCCAUCACGUACUGUUGUACACAAACUCACCAAUGAUGGUAGCGAGGAGAAGCAUUUGUAUUUAUUUAUUUUUUUGUGUAACUUUCAGAACAGCUGUGUAUUGUUCCGUGCAGGUCAAGGAGUCAGACAGCCCUUUUAAAUUGGAGGGGGGGGGGGGGGGGAGGAAGACCUGCUUGUCUGCUGUUUCAUUUCCUAACGGGUCCUCAUGUUAAGAACGUUCUAGAAUGUUCAUGUUGUGUGUAGAACAUCAUCAGUGGGGGGGGGGGGGGGGGGGGGGGUUGUGUCUUUUCUUAUGCCUUGAACAUACUGUAUCUCUUGUCUUUCAAACGCUUCAUCAUCCACAGCUGUCCUACAUCAAUGAUGAUGAUGAUGUCAGUGAUGUUUUCCCCUCUGCGUUGCUCAUCAGUGUUCUCUCAGUGCUCCACAGGAAAUGAAGGAAAUGUCGAACCACAAUAGUAAAAACCACAAAACUACUUACGGUUGAAUGUAAAAUUAGGAAAACAAGAAUUGUAAAUAAUUGUAAAAAGAAAAGUUUCUAAUCAUGUUUAUUUUCUAUGCACUUUUUUAUUUAAGUGAUAGUUUAAAUAAUAAACAUGUCUCCUUUACUCUA